AUGUAUACGGUUGAAUGGCAAAAGCGUGGGUUACCACAUAUACACCUUCUUCUUUGGCUUACAAACAAAAUCCAACCAGACCAAAUUGACAGUGUAAUUACAGCUGAAAUACCAAAUAAAGAAGAAGAUCAAGAACUGUAUGAUAUUGUUGUAAAACACAAGAUUCAUGGACCAUGUGGGGCUUUUAACCAUAACUCACCAUGCAUGGUUGAGGGGAAAUGUUCUAAGAAAUUCCCAAAACAAUUUCAGAGAAAUACCUCUUCUGGUGACGAUGGCUAUCCAAAGUAUAGAAGAUUGUCACCCGAAGAAGGUGGAAAAAUAUGUACUAUUCCAAAUCAUGAAAUUGACAAUAGAUGGAUUGUACCCUACAACAAACUUUUGCUUAAAGUAUUUGAUUGUCAUAUUAAUGUAGAAUUAUGUAGUUCUAUAAAGUCGAUAAAAUAUGUAACUAAAUAUAUUAAUAAAGGCAGCGACCAAGCUACGUUUAGCGUGCAGUCGACAGAUGAAGUGGACCAAUAUCAGUCUGGUCGCUACAUUUGUAGCUCAGAAGCAAUUUGGCGGAUUUUAUCAUUUAGUAUACACGAGAGAGCACCAACUGUUAUCCAUCUCGCAGUUCACUUAGAAAUGGUCAAGGAAGAUGAAUUUGCUAAAACGUUGGCUUAUGAUAAAAUUCCAAGUUACUAUACAUGGAAUCAGGUUGGUAAAAAGUUUAAUCGGCGUAAACAAGGAACUGUGGUGGAAGGGCACCCUGGUGUCAAAAAAACCGAUGCUCUGGGCAGAGAAACUACUAACUGCACUAAGCUGUACGGUUGA